AUGGAAAACAUGCGGGGCGUCACUGCCGGCCCUGGCAGGCAGUCUGCCCAGCAGGAAUCCCCUGAGCAGCUACUCGACGUCUUCAAGGCAGCGGCGCUAUCCGUUACGAAACUGUACAAGACUUCUGCGGCCGCACAAUCGAAGGCUCGGGCCGAUGGGUAUCAGGACUGUCUAUAUGAUAUGCUGGCGUUUUUGGACAAGGAGACUACGGGAACAGGUGACGGGGAUGGCUCAAAGAUUCGGAGAUGGGUUAGGGAGAGGCUUGAUGGCCGGGAGAGCAGCUCGCCAAACACCGAAAGCGAGGACGAAGUCGACAAAGCAGAAACAUCUUCAUCACCCGAACUCACUCGCCCCAAUACCGUUGCCCAGCAGUUGAGCCAAAUGCGAACCGACUCGGCACCUCCAAGCGUCCCUCCUACUGCUACUGUUGAAGAACAAACACCACUUGUGGUCCCUUCCCAAGACAAUUUCACGUUCCAGUCUGCGCAUCCGUAUCCCAAUAUCGCCACUCUCAACCUUUCCGACUCGAGACCUCACGAUGGCUCGUCUAUGACGGCGACAAGGCCGUCCAAAGCCCGCUUGAACAACCCAGGUCGAGCAUGUCCCAGAGGGCCAGGACAUUUGGCACAAAGGGCUGGAGCUAAGCGCAAGUUGAACUUUGACGAGAUAUUCGAUCUUGGCAGCCUGGGUGGAAAGGAUCCUUUCGGCAACGGAGGGGGGAAGCGAGGCCGGCAUGCUUAGUGCUCGGCUGGUGGACACAGGUACCUUUGGCUUGCGCAUAGCACACUUAUCACUGGGCAAUGGAAUUCGAUAAACUGGAUGGGAUGAGGGCAUGUUUACAGACGGACGCAUGGACUAGCAUUAGAGCAUGGGCGGCGUUUGGAGGACGUAACGACUGCAUUUGGGGGUGUUGAGGGUUUACACACACAAUGUCUAUUGGCGGUUUGCCAUGAUAUCUACAACGAAUAUGAUUAUUUAACGAUGA